GGAGAAGCUGAAAUACAAUGGGUACCUACGGAGGAAAUGGUAGCGGACAUUUUUACAAAGGCCUUACCUCGAGAGAAACACUGGAGGUUUAUGCGGGCUAUGGGUCUUAGGCAGCGCUUGAGUGGGAGUGUCGGAAUGCGGUCAGGUGACGUGUCAGAUUAG